UUUGUAUGUUGGUGUGGAGGUGACUCAUUGUGAUUGGAUUUAGUGUCUUUGCAUUCGCUAGCAGGUCAAAAUGCAAAUCUUCACUAAGACUUUGACCGGCAAGACUAUUGCCUUGGAAGUGGAAUCCAGUGACACCAUAGAAAAGAUCCAGGAUAAAGAGCUCAUUAUUGCAGGCAAGCAUCUGGAAGAUGACCAGGCUCUUUUUGAUUACAAUAUCCUGAAAGGGUCGACCCUGUACCCUGCCCUGCAUCUGAGGCGUGGUAUGCAGAUGUUUGCGAAGACCCUGACUGUCAAGACCAUCACUCUGGAGGUGGAGCCCAGUGACACCAUUGAGAAUGUGAAAGCUGAGAUCCAAGAUAAAGAAGGGAUCUGCCCUGACCAGCAGAGGCUCACCUUUUUGCAGGCAAAGCUGCUGGAAGAUAGCCGCACUCUUUCUGAUUACAGCACCCAGAAAGGAUCAACCCUGCACCUGGUUCUCCAUCUGAGGGGUGGCUGUUAAUUCUUCAGUCUUGAAUUUAUAUACCCAAUGAUGGCAUUACUCUGCGUUCUAGCCAUUUGCCCCACUCUAGGUUUAGAUAUUACCGGUUUCAUUAAAGCUGAAUUGAUGUUUUUUUCGAUAGCUAUUCAAAAUGUUAAUAAAGGUUUUGUUGCAUGGUAAAAAAAUUUUUUUAACAAAUUGAAAACUAUAACAACAUAUUCAAAACCAAUUUUGAAAGAAAAAACGUACAAUUUUUUUUUUUUCAAUUUAACUGAAUCAUAUC